CUGUAUCUCCGGGUUCAGAAGCAGAGUCUUCGUUCGGCGGGGAAGGGGCUUUGGCGGGCGCUCGGAGGGAAUCGGAGAUGAGCGACUGCCCUAUAACGCCUUCAAUGUGUGUGCGUUGCCUUGGCUAUGGCAUGAUGAGGCAACUGGCUGAUUUUAUUGAUCCGCAGGAUGGAUGGAAAAAAUUAGCAGCAGAUAUAAAAGAUCCCUCUGGUGCAAACAUAUACAGCCAAUUGCACAUAAGGCGUUUUGAAGCAUUAAAACAAGUAGGAAAGAGCCCCACUUGUGAAUUGCUUUUUGACUGGGGGACACAAAAUUGCACUGUUAGUGAUCUAGUAGACUUGCUGAUCAGGAAUCACUUCUUCGCUCCAGCCAAACUUUUGCUUCCAGAUUCCACGAGGACAACAGACACUACAGUGCCCUUAUCUUUACAAGAAACUACCUGUCUGAAUGAAAAAGAAAAUCAAGUAGCACCUGUAUCGCCUCUCUUGGUUCCAGAUAAAGGGUGCCAAACUUCAGUUUCUUGCAGCCCAAUUGCAAAAGAGACUUGCUUGUAUCUUAAUGAUUCAGUAUUGCAGAGCUUUUCGUUUGAUAAACUGAAAAGUCUUACAAAUAACUUUGAUGAUCGAACUGUGUCGGCUGGUGGCAACAAGAUUGGCGAAGGAGGUUUUGGAAUUGUGUACAAAGGAUGCAUUAAUGGCAGAACAGUGGCAGUGAAAAAACUUACUUCUGUGACCGAUGUAAGUAUCGAAGACCUGAAAAAGCAGUUUGAACAAGAAAUCAGUAUUAUGGCAGAAUGUCAGCACGAGAACCUAGUAGAAUUGCUUGGAUUCUCAAAUGACUCCGAUCAGCCUUGCCUAGUUUAUGAUUAUAUGCCUAAUGGCUCAUUGCUUGACAGACUAGCUUGCCUGGAUGACACAGCACCAAUUCCUUGGGAAACAAGAUGUAAGAUUGCUUAUGGGGCAUCCAAUGCAAUUUGUUUUUUACAUGAAAAUAACCACAUUCACCGGGAUGUUAAAAGUGCAAAUAUUUUACUCACUGAGAACUUUGUGGCGAAACUUUCUGACUUCGGACUUGCAAGGGCUUCAGUAAGGUUGACACACACUAUCUUAACAGACAGAAUAGUGGGAACAGCAGCCUACAUGGCCCCAGAAGCUUUGCGUGGGGAGAUAACCCCGAAAUCUGAUAUCUUCAGCUUUGGUGUGGUGUUACUUGAAAUAAUAACUGGACUUACUCCUGUGGAUGAAAACCGGGACCCCCAAUUAUUGCUGUCUAUCAAAGAGGAAAUUGAAGAUGAAGAAAAGACGAUUCAAGAUUAUGUUGAUGAAAAGAUGAGCAGCUGGAAUAUUGCAUCAAUUGAACAGAUGUAUUCAGUUGCAUGCCAGUGUCUGCACGAAAAAAAGAACAGGAGGCCAGAUAGUAAUACGGUACCAGGAUAUUUUUAUGCUCUUGUCCUUUGUAUGGAUUUUGAGAGUGUGUUUACAUUUGGUGAGUGUGAAUCUAUAUUUCUGCUUCCCUUGCAGGUCAGACAACAGUUGCAAGACAUGCUGGCUGAGUAAGGUCUCUCCUGUGCUGUGACUUAAAAGCAAGUCCAUUGACAUACUGAGGCCUUGUGACCACCCUGUUCCCUAAGGUGUAAAAAAAAAAACCACUAGAUGCAACACAGGAUAUUGGUUUGGGAUCAAAUAAGGCCACAACUUUAUUGGUUACAGAUGUGAGGUUGGUUCAUAGGCAUUGGGAUCAGCAACUGCACAUGUCACUCCCACGCGCUGGGAGUGUUUCUAAGGCUGAAGCUGGGGUGGGGAUGCCCUAGGACCUACGUCGAAUUGGGGUGUCCCCCAAGCGGUUCCCAUUGGAGGAGUGGUAUGACCCUCACCCCCGCCUGGGCAUUGGGCAGGAGCCACUCCUCCUGGAUCCUUUAACAGGAUACCCUUACCUGUGGAGGGGCAAGCAGAGGCUACAACCUCCCCUCCAACCAAUACUAGGUUUACCCAAUGCCUAUCCGCCCUACGAUGUUGUGACACUUCCUAUGAGGUAGGCGAAAACCCAAGUGGCGGUGCCAAUUAGCCAAGUGGGGGAAAUUCCUGCCCGGCCCUUGAAAAUUCAGCCACUGAUAUUGUCCAUAGCAAGGUCGAACCAUCCCUGAAAAAGCCUAAUCUGAGGGAGGGAAGGUGGGAGGACCAGCACGGCGAGAGAAAGGCUAAAAGGCCCCACCAGCCAGACAUUUAAACUUCCCCUGAGCGCAGCACAAAGGGCCACAAUUGGUCGGUUGGUCCCACGCCCAGGGGAAUGCCUAUUAACACCUACCGCCAUUGGUCCAUUUGGCCUGCGAUAGGCUGGUUUUCCAGGGAGGCCCAGAGCCUGCCUGCAAAGCCGCCCACCUGAUAAGGGGGCAAACAGACUUAGAUGCUAAUUUUACAUUUGUGUUCCUGUGCCGUUGCUUACAAUUUCAUAGACUUCUUUAAAAAGGGAAUAUUAUUUUGAGGCCCGGUUACUUUGUCAUGGAUCUCGGACUGUAUAAGGGGGCACCUUUUUGACAACCUUAUCUGUAUGUUGUUGUCCUUGCAAACUAACCACCAUCAAGUCUGCCUUCCUGCAACUUGGAGAGUACCACUGCACUGUAGGUUUGGCUCCUCCUCACUCCGUGGCCAUACUCCAUAGCAGAAAUCCAGGAGUUGGAUACAUUCCUUAAGCAUGUCUGCUGCAAAUCUGAAUUGUUUCUGAAUGAGCAGCUUCCUGUUCUAAGCUUGUGUGUGACAUUCCGAUAACAAGAUGGUGCAAGAACUGCACUAUUACAUACGUGAUCAGCAAGUCUACACUGGCGUCUGACUAAAACGGCUUAAGAAAGUUGUCUGCAGCCAACUUGUCAAUCUUGAUUAUUUCUCUCUCAAAAACUAUAGCUGCUAGAGCCCAUCUUCCAGACUUGCCAGUUUGCCUAAUCAAAAGUAAAUGGAAUCAAAGAGGAAUUGUGUAUACUUGCUGCUUCUGUAAUUGAUUUCUGAAAUAAUUAACAUAUGCAAGCAGCUAAUAAUAAAAAUGAACAACUGGGAUGGUCAAACAGCUUAAUGCUGGGAUGGUACUGUAGCUUUCCCGUCCCCACUUGCAAAGUAUGUAAAAACAAUUGCUGAUGAUUUUAAUUGGGCAACUUAUUCCGAUUUGUGCCAGAUGCAGGAACGAGGACGCGUGUUUUUAGCAGUUCUACCAAUGGCAAUUGCAGUCUGAGUUUAAAAGGGAGCAAAGCAAACUUGGUGAGAUGAAACAGAAUAAGCAAAAGCUGCCUGUAGUGCUGGCAAGUAGAUCUCUAGGCCGUUCUCCUGUGGAAAAAAGCAGCAGCUAAUGAGGCUGCCGUUCACAUAGCUCAAGCCAUACAGAAGCUAGUGAAACAGGGGGGGGGGCGUGCCUAGAGCAACAGUUUAGAGAGAGCUAGGGCUGCAUGGUCCAACACACUCGGCAUCCCGUGCCAAGUGAAAAAUCAAUUUUGUAAGCUGCAUAAAUGUGCUUGAGCCUUUGCCAACCUUGUUAAGCGGAGGAAGUAGCAACGAUACAUUGUCUGCUAUGAACAAUCCAGAUUUGUAUAUACCUGUGCUUCUGGUUCGGGGAUUUUUACCAGGCUUGCAAGUGUGCAGGCUAUACCGAAUUCAUGGUCUAAAAGAUGUUUUUGAAAAGGCUAUGCUAAUAUUCAGGAAAUGAUAUGCUCCUUGGCAAAUUACGUGCUCCAGCUGUGACCUAAACGGCUCAGUUUUCUCAUGAAGCCAAAGCCAGUCUUUUUCAAGAAGUGUAUUUCACAGUUCUCAUGGGAACCAUGAAACUCUGAACCUGUUCUGCCACUGUAUUUUUGUCAGCAUAAAGCCACAUAGGCAUACAAAGAUAACCAUAGAGUAUGUGAGUGAAUUGCCCUCUUUUUCUUUUUUUGCACCAUUGUGCCUUCCGAAGAGUGCUAGAGAAUCAAUCCUGCUUACGAUGGCACAUCAACUUGGACUAUCAAACAACAAGUUUGUGCUGUCAAACAACGCUGCUACCCUUUUCUAAGAUGGAAAACACCAAAUGCACCAUGGAGAUUGUAUUUUCCUUUUCAGUUCCUGUAUUUUCUUUUUCAGUUCUUGUUUCUACUUAAUGCAUAU